GGUACAGUACCGUUCGAAUACCCCACAUGGUGUAAAUUGCCCCUGAUGACCGACCAAAAGCGGCUCUUGGCUCUUGUACCACUGGAGUAACCAUUUCGGAUGCCAUCAUCAGCAGAAGGACAGAGCUGCUCGGAGUAGAGAGGGUUGAGCUUGAGAGUAAACAAGCACAACAGUGUGUUCAUCAGUCAUUAUUAGGCCAUUCGAUCCUUGUUAUCUAACAGGAAUCGAAUCGAAUCGACCAAGAUCAGAUCAGAUCAGAUUAGUGGAAAGCUGAAUCGAUACCGGAGGCAGAGUUGAUUGAGUGAGCGAUUGCUUGAGUGGUUAUCAGAUCUUUCGCAAGACAACCAUCGUUAUCAAGCAUAGAACUGGUACUGGUAGCAUCAAGACAGGGUCAUUAUCCUUCAGCACCACUUUUUGGCGAAAGACAAGCCAUUGAUAUCAUCAUCUAUCCAUCCAUCUACCGUACACUCUACCUACUACGUACAAUCAUCCACCAUGGCAUCUUCUUCUACCAUCCGGUCCAACUCGGUCACGUCGUCCUUUACGACUACCAAAGUGGCGUGUGUGGACUUGAAAAAGGUACCCGAACCCAUCCAUACGGGGAUUGGGUUUCUGGAUCACAUGAUGGAUCAGCUCAAUUCCCAUGCACAAAUUGGAGUCGGCUUGACCGUCCAUCAUCAUUCCGAUUUGUCCAAUCUAUCGGGGACCAAACACAAAAAGACUAACAACAACAACAACAAUAAUGGGGAUGACCAAAAGAUGGAGGCCAAUAACAGCAACAAUAAUGACAAAGAUUCCUUUGAAAAGAAUCCCAACCGUCUCUCGCAAUCCGAUCAGACUUCUCUAUUGCGACAUGUCGGAUGGACACUCGGAUGUCAAGUGGCACUACUCAACAAGUUUCUCAGUCUAUCCGAUGAUACCACUGCCACCUCGAGAUUCUGUUGUCCUCUCGACGAAGCACUCGUCGAAUGCAUCUUGACCAAACCUGCCAAAACAACUACCACAACAACAACAACCACACAACAAAAGACGGCAGAAGAGGAAGACCCCUCCGAGGGUAGCAGCAACAAACGACGCAAAUUGGAUCACAAAAACAAUACUACUGACAAAAAGGAAACAACCACCACCACCACAACUUCUUCCAAACCCAUUGGUUCCUUGGUCCAGUACCAAUUGGCACCCUUUGGCAAAUACCCAAAAACGACCGGUCGCACGAAGAUUGGCCAUCUCGAAACCGCCGCCAUUAAAGCAUUCUGGGAAGCAUUUGCCAAAUCCUCGGGAUUGCAAAUAUCACUCACCAAACUACGGGGAGACAAUGGCCAUCACAUUGUCGAAUCCACAUUCAAGGCGUUUUCACGCGCCAUGCGCAAUUUGCUCGAUGGGACCAAUACGACCAUGGCAGGAGGCGAAUCCUUUCCGCACAUGUGGGGCAAGUCUUCCAAAAAUCAAAAAGACUCCAUUGCACUCGCACGAGUUGGCUCGAUAUCGCGCGCCACCAAGGAAACCAACAUUGACGUAUCCCUAAAGUUAAAUGGCACGUCCGAAGCGACCAGUAUCCACACGGGCAUUGGCACUCUGGAUGAGUUCUUUACUAUUUUGGCCAAGGAAGCCGAUAUGAGUCUUGUCAUUGAUUGCAAGGGUGAUUUGUGGGUCGACGAUCAUCACACCGCCGAAGAUGUGGCCAUUGCCGUGGGACAGGUACUGACACAAGCAUUGGGUACCAAGGCGGGGUUGAAUCGUAUGUGGUGUGCCAAACAAACGGUGAACAACACUACCAACAAUGAAGAAGAAACCAUUGAAGUCACCAUGGAUCUCUCCAAUCGACCCUGUCUGACGCACAACUUGGCAUUGGGCGAGGUGCAAGAAGAACUCGUGGGUGACUUGUCGGUGGAAAUGUUCGAUCACGUAUUGGAUUCCUUGGUUGUCAAUGGUCGCAUGACGGUCCAUAUUGUACGAACCACUGGCGGUGACGAUGCUGGUAAUAGUAGUCUCAAGGACCGAGCCAUGGCCACGGCAGCAGCAUUUGGAAGAGCACUCAAGUACUGUGCCAUGGUGGACAGUCGCCGUGCCGGGAAAACUGCCAGCAGCAAGGGCACUCUGUCAGUAUGAUAUACCAACAACAACAACAACAACAAC